AUAUGAUGAAGGCGGUGUACAGGCAAUGAAAACACGUCUCGCAGACGAGGGCUUGCGUUUAGUACUUAUGGAGCAUACGACACCCUUCGCUUUCCAGUGAUCUAAGUUGUCGCCAGACUUGAAGCAACGCUGUCGCCAAAAAUGGAUUUCAAGAAUGAGAAUGUUGGCAUAGAACUACUUCUGGCUCACAUGAAUAUUGGGGACAUUAUCCAAGCGGUGGAGCACCUCUACUCGGAGAGAGACGAGGAGGAAUCUGGUGUAUCAUUCGGUGACAGUCUGUCACAAGACGAAAUGGAUGAAACCGAGGUCUCUGACAUUGGGACCUCUCGUAAUCUGGUUUCACGUAUGCAAAAUAAGGGAAAAGUCAGGUAUGGGGGUGUGCCUGAGCUGCUGGCCUUCGUAAACAUGGUCUCCAACACACCACCCUCGACGCUUUCCAAACUGGAGGAAGAGCUUGGAGUCCUGCUUAACAAGACUGACAUGGUCAUAAAAGAGGGGCGUUAUCGCAUAGACUUGGACGUGCUUCUGUUUCCUUGGAGACUGACUUACAAGGCUCCAGGCCCAGGCCACGUUCCUAAAGGUUCUUUUGGGAAAGUCCAUCUGGCACAAGACACUGAAACACGCAAGCGAAUGGCAUGCAAACGGAUCCCUUUGGAGCACUUCAAGCCAGCAGACGUGGAGAUCCAGGCACGGUUUUGUCAUGAGAACAUUGCGGAGUUGUACGGGGCCCUGGUGUGGGACCAGAGCAUGCACCUGUUCAUGGAGGCAGGGGAAGGUGGCUCGGUCCUGGAGAAGCUCGAGAGCUGUGGCCCAAUGCGGGAGUUUGAAGUCAUCUGGGUCACCCAGCAGGUUCUACGUGGGCUAGAGUACCUGCACUCCCACAAUAUUAUACACCACGACAUCAAACCCAGUAAUAUUGUGCUCAUGUCUGCCAAAGCUGUGCUGGUAGACUUUGGUCUUACAGUGCAGAUGACUGAGGAUGUGUACAUUCCUAGGGACCUUAGAGGAACUGAGAUGUACAUGAGUCCUGAGCUGGUCCUGUGUCGGGGACACAACACAAAGACAGACAUCUACAGCCUGGGCACCACCAUCAUCCACAUGCAGACAGGAAGCCCUCCCUGGGUUAGGAGAUACCCCCGAUCAUCGUACCCCUCCUACCUCUACAUAAUCCAUAAACAGGCUCCUCCACUGGAGGAUAUAUCAGAGGACUGUAGCCCAGCUAUGAGAGGCCUUCUGGAGCAUGCGCUCGAGAGGGUCCCUGCACGGAGGAGCUCAGCCACAGAGCUGCUGCACGAGGAAGCCCUCCACCCCUCGCGAGAAGAUCAACCUCGCUGCUGGAGUCUGGACUCUGCACUUGGGGACGGCACACAUCCGCUCUUGCGCCAACAUAGUCAGAUGACAGACAGUACACAAGAGUCUUCCUCGCUGUACACUGAAGACUCGGGCCCCUAUAAAAGAAAAGGUUCCCUCUACAUAGACCUUGGAGCUCUGGCUGGCUACUACAACUACGUCAGAGGGCCACCAACCACAGAAUAUGGUUAGGACCUUCAGUAGGUCCCAUUUAGGCCAAAGAACCCUGCAAUAAUUUUGCGUAUUCACUCACGUUUCUGGGACUGGCCGCAUCAAAGCCCAGAAGAUAUAUGUGCACUGAACUGUCUAUAUUAUAAAACAAAGUGCCACUGUAGUGACAGUGUUGGGCUGUCAUAGUAACUUGUCAGGUGACACUGGUGACAUUUGCUUGUUACGAGGCUGGAAAACACACACUGAUUGCAGAUGAAAAGUGUUCACAGCAUGGCAGCGUGAGACAGUGCAGUAAACCAAGACUGAGCAAAAACCUGGAAUGACUAGUAAUAUAAUUAAUGAUCGUGUGGACUGGAUUGGCAGCAAGUCAUUUUAAACCUGUAUGGUCUUGGGACUGCAGAUACCUCAUCUUCUGAUAAGUGCUCAACACAUUUCUCAGAGUAUUGUGAGCAAGAAGAUGGUCCACAAAGAUAUGAUGACUGUGAAGGCAGAAAAUAUCACAGUGCCGUGUUCCAGUAGACUCUGAGGAUGUGCACAUGAAUGUGUCUGUUGGAGUUAUUGACCACUGAUGGCCAUGGUCCAGCUUCUGUGACUGUCCUACACAUCAUCAGAUCAUAUCUGCACCCAAAGUGGAUAAAGGCAAUCCAAUAUUUGUUCACUUUUGCCUCUCUGCAAAUACAGCAUAUCUCACUAUAGCAGUGACAUGUUCAGAGUUUCUUUCCCUCCUAUGAAGUUGGUCCUACUAAAGAGAAAAUGCAACAGACAACAAUAUAUGUCCAAUGUUUAUUUUUAUACAACACAAAAGCCUUGAGCCUAUACCAGACAAGGUCAAAUUUCAGUGCAAUAUAAGAAUACAGUAAAAGUGUUAGCUUAAAGCUUAAACCUGGUCGGAAGGCUAUUGUUUAAGGUAUUAAAUACUUGUUGGAUUAAAUACUUUAUUAGCCUGUAUGUUUGAAUAUUUAACAUUUACAGACAUUAAUCAUUCUAAUACAGGGCACUAGCGAGAUCUGUGAGAGAGUGAUUUGUUUGAUGGAAUAAUAUGAAAGCAGGGGCCUAAUCUGUGAAAUGGCAUGGUUCGAUGCCCAAGAUCCUUUUUUUGUUGUUGUUGUUGUUUUCGGUAGUCUUAUCAUUUUGAAUGUUUCUGUGAAAUGUUUUAGGGGGCGUUCCUGUGGAAUGAAGUUUUGCUGAGUACUUGCAGUGCAAAUUAGCAUUUUGUUCUUUAGACAAGUUUUGACAGGAGCAGGACAUGCUGAAGAAAAGGAAGGUGAAUUGUGUUUUAUUCAUACUCUUAAAAUUCUGUAUGUUCCAUCUACUCUCUGAAAUGGAAAAUAUUUCUUGAGGGGAUGCUUUUAUAUCAUUUCCUUUGGUUCGACCAGUUAUGUAGUAAUGUCUGUCAUACUUUGAGUCUGUCGUGCAUUUUCUUUCAUGCGUGUUUUGCUUGAUGAGGUCCAGAAGCCAGUAAACUAAGAUCAUAGCACA